AUGAGCAGUCCAACUCUUGUCAAUGACAUCGAUAACGACCAUGAUAAUCUCGAACAACGGCAUCACCAUCUUUUAUUGUUACAGCAUUUUGAUCCUACCAUGAGGAUACCACCACCACCAGAAACGUUCCUAUGUCGGAUCAAGAGUCACUUGCGAGAUGCAAUGGUGCGUAGGAAGCACAAACGCCACUUGAAACAAUGGAUGCAUCGGUCUCAACCGAUCCCUUAUCCGCCAUUCAAUGCUUUCUUUCCACCGCCUCCACCACCACCACCAUUCGCCACUGCAUCCCUAUUGUCGCCACCGCCAUCAUCACCCUUAUUCGCAUUACCACCUCCGUUUAUGGAUGGAUUACCAAUGAUGGUACCACCACCACUACCACUACCAUUAUCAACAGAACCUAUGAUCAUUCACCAUUAUCAUUGUUGUUGUGAUGAGACGCAAUCACCAAUCAAUCAAGUCUACAAUCAUCAUCGCUCAUUACCAGGAUUUGAAAAAGAGGAACAAAGAGAAGUUCAUUCAUCAUAA